AUGGGUUGCCACCGUACGGUAGGGCAACUGUUGGCCCUUCUCUUCGUUCUAGUAACGGUGCUGGGGAGUCACGAGGAGCAUGAGUACUGUGACAAAGUUUACCGAAUUAAUGGCAAUUCGAUCGAUUUUCCCUGCGAUUCUACGAAAAAUAUCUACAUCUCGACUCACCGCUACAUGGCAAAAAAUGUGAUGCCGUUACGGUUUCAGUACGAUGGUAACCGGGUGAUAAUAGCGCUGCCAAGGUUGCGUGCCGGCGUACCGACUACACUGGGCCAGAUUGAUUUGAAUCGACCGAGCUGUUACGCCCACAUUAAGCCGUUCCCGUGCUGGGCCUACCAGGAGGAGGGUAACUGCAAUUCGCUCCAGUCCGUCAUCGAUCUUUACAUCGAUGUUAAGCGCAUUUUGUGGGUACUUGAUCACGGAAUUACCAACUUCCUGGAACAACCGAUCAAGCGUUGCCCGCCAAAGGUAUACGCCUUCACCCUCAACAACGACAAAACGGUCAAAACUAUCGAUCUGUCAGAAAUUGUAAAAUCUAGCUCGCGUCUCCAAUAUCUCGUUACGGAUUACAACGAAUUGGGACAUCCGUUUGUAUACGUUUCCGACGGAGAUGGCGCAAUCAUUGUGAUCGAUGUGAACAACAACAAGCUGUUCCGCGUGGUGCUUCCGCGCGCCAUCUCGGCCGGCUGCGGUGACUCGGACGUACUCUAUCUGCUGCUCAUCCCGAAACCGAAGGGCCAAAGCGUGGUCAUCUUUAGUUACCUUUGCGGACAGAAGGUGUACUCGAUCAAGUCGGAACAUCUGCGCAGCGGUAAGGGAUCGAGUGCGAUCGUUGAGAUGGGUACGAAGAGAAAGCACUCGGUACUGCUGGGAACAGACGGGGGCAAGGGUGUGGUGCUGCGGUAUCGUAGCGAAGCGGAACUCUACCUUUGGGACACCGAUCAACCGUACAGGGAGUGUAACUUUGAGCUGAUACAGAAUGCGGACGAAUGUCGACUGUCGACGCACGUUAGCGUGGGCAAGAACGAGCAUUUGCUUUCGAUGUCGUCCAACUUGAGCGAUUUCCUUAACAAUACGUGUGGUGUUGGUGGAGCUUCGAGCCGAUUGAAAUACGUUUGCAAGGAGUGUGAUGACGAUUGCUACUAAA